AGCAAAGUUAGAGAAAUUUCGUGACGAUGGGAGAAGAAGACGAUGACGAUGAGAAAGUCACGGAGUUUUGGGUUCGAGUGGAGGAAUCCCAGGGGUUCGAUGUUGAGCAUUUGAUGGAAACAAAACCAGAGUGGUGUUUGCUUCAUUAUGAAACUUCUGAUUUCGACAGUGAAGUCCUCCUUUAUGCUAAGUUUGGGAUCCAUAAUUACAAUAUGUUACAGGGGAAAAAUUUACAGCUCAGUUGCAUAGAGAAGUGUAAUACACGUCCCAACUAUGCAUUUUCCAGGUACUAUAUAACUUUGGUUGCAAAGGAUCCGGCUGCUGGCGGUUCCUUUGUACCUUUUCAGACAAAGGUUUUUGAACAAGGCUGCAAGAACAUCAAGACCCUGGCGGUUUGUAUUGCAAGAGUUAAGUCCGAAUCACAAGAGAACCCCGAGCUUCCUGGCUCUGUUUAUGAUUGCGCCCAAGUUAGUUUGCCUGAUGAGUGGCCUUCAGAGGAUUCUUUCAGUGAUAAAAAACGAUAUUAUGUGAUGAAGAAAUCGGAGGUGCGAAAACAUGACUGGAUCCGUCUAUACAUGGAACUUGCAUUCCUCCAUGCAAAUACGAAGCUUAAAAAACCUAAUCUGUCAAAACUGGUUAUUAUGAAGGUUGUGGUAGAAACUGAGGAAAAUUUGAAGCCGCCAAAUGAGAGACUUAAGGCCAGAUAUGCGGUUUUCUACAUAAGGUACAGGUACCACCCUAAUAAGGGUCGCGCUCCUAAUAAGGCUCAUAGUCACAAGCCUCCCCGUGAUCGCGUAGCUAUAGUAAAAAGAACCUUCGACAAGAAAUUCGGAUCCAUCAGUCUCGAGUUCGAUAGCAGGCUUUCAAAAACUCUUCUGUAAGACAGUGUCUGGCAUUAGAAUGGGCGGACUAGGCUCUCGAGUCCUAGUCUUAAUUAUGAAGCUUGUGGGCUCUCAAGUUUAUUAACUUUUAACAUUUGUUCUCACUGUUCUUUUCAGAUGUUAUUAAUUUUAAUCAUUUUAGAAAAUUUUGGUUGAGUUAAU